AUGCGGCAAUUAUCAACCUUCCCCGCUGUCCGCGAGCCGCAAUUCCGGGCCGCUGGGGCCAGACCAAACUUCCGCAGAGCCGUUAAUGCAGAAGCAGUCAUGGGCCAGGCAACUGGCACCUUAAAUACGACCCAAUGCACGCAUUGUGCGCGGGCUAUGGGCCCUUUACCCUGUGCGUUUCGUCCGCGGGCCGCUUUGGUGGUAGUUGUGCAAAUUGCCACUACAACAGUAGUGGAAAUCGCUGUUCCCUGCGCCGUUUCCCAGCCGGAGGAAGAAGGAGUGGAAGAAGAAGAGGAGGAAGAGGAAGAGGAAGAGGAAGAGGAGGCAGAGGAGGGGGACCGGGGGGAGUGGGCCGUUUAG